UUAUUGACGUUUCGAAACAUCUGAAAAGAUCAUUUUCUAUGCCUUGGAAUGUCAAUGUUCCUUCACUUAAUUUUUAAUUCUUCAGAAAUUCCAUUGUGAUAGCAAGUGUUGAAUAACAUCAUCAAAGUUUUUUAUUGAAGAAGUAGCAUGUCUGUGUCGCAGUUUUUGGAAGGAUUGCCUUCUUACAACGAGAAUAAUUUCUCGAAAUUCCAUGUGGAUAGCAAUAGUAGGUCUUCUUUAAAAAGGCCCUCUGUAUAUGUGCCCACUAGAGAGUAUCCAUCUGAGCAAAUAAUUGUUACAGAGAAAACGAGUAUUUUACUGAAGUACAUGCAACAACAUUGGGAUAAAAAAGUUAGUAGCUCAGUGAAGAAGAGGGAUCUAACAACGGAUGAAGAACCAUCACGGAAGAGGCCAAGGUCUGAGUAUCCUUCGUAAACAUCCUAAUGUGAUUAAGAUUUUUGUAAAUGCCCCUCCUGACCAUUUACAUUAAGAUAUAAUGGACUAUGUUAAGCAUAAGAAUUGAAAAUGUACAAAUACUUUUUAAGUUAUAAUUCCAAAUUAAUUCUAUGCAUUUGCAGUUGUUUUGUAAUUCUUAUAUAGCAAUACUAUAUAUAUUUUGUCGUGUAUGAUAAAAUGUAACAUAUUUAAUAAAUGAAACCAAAUAAGGAAUAUGUUUUAUUUUAUUAAUACUUUAUUAUAGUGAUGGACUAAAAAAAAUAAAAUUAUAUUCUUAAUAGCUAUGUAUUCAAAGGUGUUCCGGGAGACCCCACAACAUCAAUUAUUUCCGAGUUAAUUUUCCCGGUUUCAUUCUCCAUUGUUGUCGACAACAACUGAGGUGGAAUGGCCAGAGUCUAGAACAAACACAUGGCUAUUUGGCAUUAGAUUUUUUUGGCUUUCACCUUUCCCGGGGUUAGGGCUUCGUACUGAUGCCUUAGAGAUUGUAACUCGAACUCGCAAGUACCCAGAGCCGAUUUAAUUUCCAUUAAUAGCACCAUAUCACUCCUGAGUUCGUUGAAAUGCUGGCAAAUAUCUUC